ACUUCUUUUCCUGGAAGCUGUGCAUCAUCAUAAUGAGACUUGUAAUUCUUGAUAACUAUGACUUGGCUAGUGAAUGGGCAGCCAAAUACAUCUGUAAUCGCAUCAUUCAGUUCAAACCUGGACAGGACAGAUAUUUUACUUUGGGCUUACCAACAGGGAGUACGCCUUUAGGCUGUUAUAAAAAACUGAUAGAGUACCACAAGAACGGAGACCUUUCUUUUAAAUAUGUAAAGACUUUUAACAUGGAUGAAUAUGUAGGCCUUCCCAGAAAUCAUCCUGAAAGCUAUCAUUCUUAUAUGUGGAAUAAUUUUUUUAAGCAUAUUGAUAUAGAUCCUAGUAAUGCUCAUAUCCUAGAUGGAAACGCUACAGAUUUGCAGGCAGAAUGUGAUGCAUUUGAAAAGAAAAUUAAAGAAGCUGGAGGAAUAGAUCUUUUUGUAGGAGGAAUAGGUCCAGAUGGUCAUAUCGCUUUCAAUGAGCCAGGAUCCAGUUUAGUAUCAAGGACAAGAUUAAAGACUCUAGCAAUGGAUACCAUUUUGGCAAAUGCUAAAUAUUUUGAUGGAGAUUUGUCGAAAGUGCCAACUAUGGCUCUAACAGUUGGCGUGGGGACAGUGAUGGAUGCUAGAGAAGUAAUGAUCCUCAUAACAGGUGCACACAAGGCAUUUGCCCUGUACAAAGCAAUUGAAGAAGGAGUCAAUCACAUGUGGACUGUUUCAGCUUUCCAGCAGCAUCCCAGAACAAUUUUUGUAUGUGAUGAAGAUGCUACUUUAGAAUUAAGAGUUAAGACUGUGAAAUACUUUAAAGGUUUAAUGCAUGUGCACAAUAAACUUGUGGAUCCACUAUACAGUAUGAAAGAAGGAAACUGAAGGAGAUUGGAGCAAAAUUCUGCUUGAUUGAACAUAAUACUUUAUAAGUAGUAAAUUAAUUUUCAGCUAUGCAAUAUGAUAGAACAUGGGAAUUUUGAAUACUGUCACUUUUAAAGUCUACUAUCUAUGUUAAGCAUUCCAUACUUAGAAUGUAUUUACUUUACAGUAGGGCUCCCUUAGAAGUUGGCUCACA